AUGUCAUCCACAGAUUUAUUGAAAGCAAUGAUAACGAUAUUUUAUAUCUCUUUGAAAGCCAAGGGAAAUGGCGAAAUUACUAAUGACACUUCAGACAAACGAAUAUUGAAUUCAAACCUUGUCUUUAUUACAAUUAUUAAGAAAAAUAAUCCGAUUGAUUUCAGUAGCUCUCUUGAAUCGCAGCUUUUGCUUUUGAGCAUUCCCUCUACAUGUAAGACUCAGGGUAGAACCGGAAUAGAGAACUUGAAACUUUUACUAAAGUUUGGGGUUGGCUCAUACUUUGAUCUUUUACAGAAUAGCAAUUCAAUUGCAGACUUUUCAGAUACUGCUAUUGAAAAUACCAAAUUCAAGUUAGACAAAAUUUUAGCCGAUAUUAAAAGCUGGGAGCAAACAAUUCAAGUGCCCCAGCUGAUUGAUAAUCUCCCCUUUGAAUUCAAAGAGUUUCUUACUAAGGAAUACCAGGGAAGAACUACCUUGUUGGAUACCGAUGUUUCGGCCACUCUUGAUGUUGUAAUACCAUCGAUUCAAGGCUGGUUGAAAAAAACAAAUGAUAUAAUUAAACUGGAACAUGACCCACUUGACGGAAAUUUGACAGAUGAAAUUGAUUUUUGGGUGAUUAAAGAAACUGCACUUCAAAACAUAAAAGAUCAAUUAGAGACUGACCAUGUAAAGAACCUGAUUGAAGUUUUACAACUUUACAAAAAAACGCAUAUAUCUGUUGCCUUAUCUUCGUGCACUGGUUUGAAGGAAUCAUUGAAAGACGCAGAAAUUCACAGAGAUUUUUUGAAGGCCCUAAGAUCAGACUCUAUGCUACAAUCUGAUGAUUUGAACCUACUGAAGGCAGAACUUUUGAUAAUGUUAACCAACUUCAAAAAAAUCAAAACCAAGAAAUUUCCCACUGAGAAAGGAAUAACGAUUUUAAAGUUAAUUGUACUUGAAUUUAACCGAAAACUGAUAGAGUUGCUAUCGGAUUACGAUUUAUUUUCCAUUGAGGAUGAUCAAUUCGAUUUUAUUUACAAUUUUUCUACAGUUGAUUUAAAUGAUAUUGACAUGACUAUCCGGGGAUGUAUAAAUUUCUUAAGGGAGAAAUUAAGAAAAGAGGAUAAUGCAUUUAUGCCGAUAAAGAUAGAGUCACCAUUAUAUAUAGUUGAGAUAUUAUCAGAGGUAAAAUUUAUCCGAGAAACAAAUGCAAACAUAAAAUCAUCCAUUGAAACUUUACUCAAGCAAUCCUUCUUAAAUAGUGAAGAAGGAAUCAGCAUCUAUCAGGAUUUGUUCACUGACUGUCAAACCGCAUAUAAAGAGUUGGUUGAUAUGGACAGGAAAUUCUUACUUUCCGUUAAUUUAGGAGCCAUAAGUGCUGCAAAAACCAAAUAUUUACAGAAAAUACAACUAAUUGAAACAAAAAUUGCUUCUAUUUUGAACAAAGCCUUUCUCGGCUGUGAAAAUAAUCCAAAAGCUUUGUUCAAUAUGUAUGCAAAGUUUGCAGAUAUUUUAAGCAAGCCUCAUGUGCGAAUGCUGCUUCAAGACUUCCAUGGAAUUCUUUUACAUUCAAUAGAAGAUGAAUUGGAGCAACUUGAAAUCCAAUGUAAUUCACAAAUUGAAAUUUUGUCACUGCUAUCGCUAAACAAUAUUGCACCAUUUUCAUCGAAGCUGCUCUGGAUAAACCAGGUUUUAUUGUCAAUUUCAAAGAUAAUCAGUCACUUAGAGCUAGCCUUAACAUCUAAUUGGGAAAAUUAUCCAGAAGGUAAGAGGUUCUCUGCUAAAAUCACUUCGCUAUUAAGUGAAAUAGAUGUUACUAGAUUGUUAGAAAAAUGGAUAGAUGAUACUUCUAGUCGUAUUAAAAAUUCAUUACUGGCACAACCACUAAUCAUUCAAAAAGAGAAAAGAAAGUCUGCUUCAUUCAAUUAUACCUUAAGUUUAGAUCAAGUGGAUUUGGAUAUUACCAAGGAAAUCAAAUGUCUAAAAAUUUUAGACCUUAAAAUACCAAGAACUAUAACAAUGUUUUGUGAGAAAAUCGACAAGAUUAACAAACACAUUUUCUUGAUUAAAGAAUCAUUAGAUCUUUUCUACAACUCCCUGGAUAAAAUCAAUUCUCUAAAUAAUGCUAAAAUUCUUGUAAAAACAAGAAUUGCUACUAUAAUUGGAUAUGUUGAAGCGCUAUCAAACAAAAAAUGGAAUGAUCUAAUCAACGAAGAGGAGCUAGUAUCAUCUGAUAGCACUUGCAAUAACAAUAUAGUUAAAAAUGUUCAUAGGCUUAGAACUGAGAUUUUUCAGAUGGAAGAAGAAGUAACUCUUAUUUUUCCGAUCUUGAAAAAGAUUCCUUCGUUACUGCACAGUCUUGAUAGUUGUGAAUAUUCAAAAGCAGAUUUUCUCGAGGUAUUAGCAACAAUUCAAAAUUACCUAAUAUCAUUAGAUAAAAUCAAUACCUUGGAUUUACUAGAAUAUGUCAGUCUCUUAAACAGGGAGAUUCAAGAUACGCUAAACCAAAGAUACAGAGAAGAACUGAUUCAGUUUGGAAAAGAUUGGCAUUCUUGUGAUGUACAUUUCUCAGAAAAUUUGGAGACGCAUAAUCUAGUGGUUAGGGGGUUCUCCUUCACUCUUGAACCUCCCCUAGAAUUCUCCAAAGAAAAGUAUGUCUUGGCUUUGAACUAUAAAUCCCUGAUGUUCUCCCAACUACCAAGAUUAUCGCAUUUAAAGUAUAAGGUGACAGAAAGUGAUGAUUAUUUUUCUAUCAAUAUGAGCGAAAUGAGUGAUAUAUACGGAUCAAGUUUAGGUGAAAUGUUAGUAAGUUUUAAGAAAGCCGAAGAGUUUUUUGAUACAUGGAAAUUAUUAGAAAAUAUCUGGGAUGUUGAAUUAAUGGAAAUUAAGAAUAUACAUGAUAAUGAAAUUGAGAAAUGGCUAAAUAUAUUUUCUCAAUUGAGAAAGCUGAGGGACAUCUUCGACACUAUUGACACAUUCAAAAACUUUGGAAUGUUGAGAAUCAACUUUCAGCAGGCACAAAAAAGGGUAUAUAAUCAAUUUGAUAGUUGUCAAAGAUACAUUGUAGACAGUUUCGCCAAUAACCUGAAAAGCACCAUCAAAGAGACAUAUCUAUCAAUCACUGAAAUCAACAGGGAUUUGGAGAAUUUGGUUUUCGACUUGAAUAGUAGUGAAGCAGUGAUAAGCUUACUUUCUGCUAUGGCAAUUAGUCAAAAUUAUUUGAAAGCAAACAAAGAACUAUUGCAAAAUUUAAAGAAAGGAAAUACGAUUCUACUGGGAUAUAGAUUUACUGUAGAUGAUGACUGGAUAAAGUUUGAAAAUGUCCAAUCCCAGGUACUUUCAAUAGAAAAUAUCAUCGGCAUUAACUUAAAAUUCUUAGAGAAGCACUCUGAAAUUAUAUCAUCCAUGUUAGUCAGUUCAGUUCUCGAACUCAAAAAGUUUUACAUGACUACGAAAUCUAAAUGGGAGGAUCAAAAGCCUACUGGAGAAAAUUCCUUUAAAGAUGCGUUACUUGUUCUCCACAGUUUUGAAGUCAUUUUUUCCAAAAUUAACGAAAAAUAUCAACAUUUACUCAGAGCGUGUUCAUUUUUAAGUAUACCCUGUCAUCUUGACAUUGUUUAUGAAAUCCAAGAGAUUAGGCAUUUAAAGGACAUCUGGACAGUGGUAAUGAAAUUAUAUCAAUCAUUAGAAAAAAUUCGUACUACUCGUUUUGACCUGGUUGAAGUUAACUGUUUAAAACAGAUGCUAGAGGAAGACUUUUUGAACUCAAGAAACUUACCUCCUGAAUACAAAUCAUUUCCUGCUGUUGAAAAGGCACGACUAGAGCUAAAAGAAGGUACGCGUGCUCUAUCAUUUUUAGAUAUUCUGAAAAACAGCCCACUAGAUGAAACGCAUUGGAACGACAUUUUUAAUAAAUUGUCAGGAAAAAAUUGUCCUGAUGUGUUAUUUGUUGGUGAUAUAUUAAAUUUAGACUUAGAAAACAAUAAAAAAUAUAUUCACUCGGUGGUGAACUUUGCUGAGUCAGAAAAUCUCCUGAAGAAAUCCAUUGAUGCCAUUGAGAACUCUUGGUAUAAACAAAAGUUGGAAGUAUCUGAGUUUAAUAGUGGCAUUUCCUUGAUUUCUUGUUGGAAUAAAUAUUUCUCGAAAGUUAACGAUGAUUUGAAUACUCUUGACAGCAUUUUGGUUUCACCGUACUCAACGAAAUUUCUAGGUAGAGUGAAGAGCUUGUAUGAGAGACUUCUCCUACUUUUAGAAAUAAUAAAACUCUUCACUGAAGCACAGAAACAAUGGGUUUACCUCGUUGGUAUAUUUAAGAAAGAGGAUGAGUUCGAGCGAAUAAUCCCUCUAGAGCUUUCAAGGUUUGAGAAUGUUUCUCAUGACUUUCUGAUACUUAACGACACAGCCUUGGGCUCUUUGACUGUUAUCGAUAUGGUCGACAUUCCUGAUAUUACGGUAACUUUGAAAGGGAUAGCAAACUCUUUAGUUAAUAUCAGAAAAUCCUUAGCAAAUUAUUUAGAGAAACAAAGAGAGCAAUUUUCAAGGUUUUAUUUUAUCGGUAAUGAUGAUUUAUUGGAGCUGAUUGGUAACUCUGGUGACAGAGAUAUAGUGUCACGACACAUAGGGAAGUUAUUUCCUGGAAUUGGAUCCCUAGGUUAUGAUAGUUCAGGAUCACAAAUAAUUUCUAUUCACUCGUGUGAAGGCGAAAUUAUUAACCUUCAAAAACCGGUUUUAACAACGAACUAUGCAGGAUUAAUCGAUAUGCUAACCAACCUUGACGAUGCACUCAAGCGGACUUUAUCGGAGAAUCUCUAUUGCCUUUACAAAACUUUGAAAUCAAGUUUUUACAUUAUAGAUGCUGAACUUUUAAGAGCACUAAUGGAUACAUACUGCUCCCAGGUUCUUUGUCUAGGGUUCCAACUCAUGUGGACCCAAUUAAUAAAUGAUGCUCUGCAGAUUAAUGAUUUUGUAGAUAUUUCUCAAAAACUAAAUGAUACUUUAUCCUUGUUGGUUUCAUUAGUGCCAAGUGAUCUCAAUGUUUUAAAAAGGACUAAGGUAGAGAAUCUUAUUAUUGACCUUAUUCACAAAAUUAAACUAAUCGGUAAGCUAUCUUCUAGUGAUUUUGCUUCUCAAAAAUUUAGAUGGUUUUGUGAGAUUAAGUUCUAUAUUUGUGACAACUUUGAUGAUCCAGCACACACUGUGAGGAUUAACCAUGCGAAUCUAACCACAUUUUAUGGUUUCGAAUACCACGGCUGCUUAAAAUCCCUUGUGCCCACCGAACUUACUGGUGCAGCCUUCAAUAUGUUAUCCGAGUCCCUUAAUCAAAAUUUAGGAGGAUUACUUUUAGGUCCUGCUGGUACUGGUAAAACGGAAUCUGUGAAGGCGCUAGGACACUAUUUUGGUAGAGAUGUUUUUGUCUUUUGCUGUGAUGAAACAUUUGACGUUGAGUCAGUUAGUCGUAUUCUCAUUGGAAUAUCCAAAAUAGGUGCAUGGGUCUGUUUUGAUGAAUUCAAUAGGUUAAAUGGUAAGAUUCUCUCUGGUGUAUCUACGCAAAUAGAAAAGAUUCAGAACGGAAUAUCUGGUACCUGCUCUGAGAUCGAAUUAUUCAACAAGGAAGUUAAAGUGCAUAAAGAGACGGGAAUUUUUAUCACUAAUAAUCCCCAUUAUCGAGGACGGUCCACCUUGCCUGAUAACUUAAAAAGCAAAUUUUUAACUUUUUCUAUGAUGAAACCUGAUUCUGAAGUCAUUGCCAAAAAUAUAUUACUGACGCAGGGAUUCCUUGAUGCUGACAAUCAUACUAUUUUCUUGGUUGAGCUGUUUAAAGAUCUUGAUCAGUAUUGUAGUGCACAAAAACACUAUGAGUUUGGUCUUAGAACACUUAAAUCGGUCAUCAUAAAUUCUGGGAAACUGUUGAGAAGUAACUUGGCAAAAGAAAUGAAUGAGCUAGAAAUUGUUGGGAAGAGUUGUUGCGACGUAAUUCUACCACGACUCACAUCUUCUGAUCAGAAGAUUGUAGAAAGAACAUUAAGCAACUACAAUAUCUCUAUUCUAGGUCAAAAGGAUAAUUUUUUCCUAAACACUCUGACCGAAAUUGCAAAAAAUGGAGGCCUUAGUACAUUGAAACAGUGGGUUGCAAAAUGCCACCAACUCUACGAGGUUAGCAAACUGAAUCAUGGUGUAAUUCUAGUAGGACCAUCUGGAUUUGGUAAGACUACCGCAUUUAAUUGUGUGCUUGAUUCUCUUUCACAAAUAACCGGGAAGAAGAAUAUAACAUAUAGACUUGAUGCUAAAGUUCUGAGUAAGUCUUCACUCUUUGGAUACAUGAAUUAUACUACCAUGGAAUGGUCAGAUGGAAUACUUACCUCCAUAUUAAGGAAAGUCAACGGGAAUACAGAGGCUGAUAAGUCAAGUAUUUGGAUUAUCUUUGAUGGGGAUAUUGACCCAAACUGGGUUGAAAAUUUGAAUAGUGUCUUGGAUGACAAUAUGUUUUUGACCUUGUCAAAUGGAGAGCGUCUACCUCUAUCUAGUAAUAUUAGGUUUGUUUUCGAGGUAGAGAACUUAGACUAUGCAACGCCGGCUACUAUCAGUCGAUGUGGUAUUGUCCUAUUUGAUCAAACAUUCGAUAUAUAUAGCAUUCUAAAGAAUCAAAUGAGCAUCAUUAAAAAGGAAACACUUGAAAAGGAAGAAAAAUGGAAUAGCAAUCUAAUUCUCCACAACAGGACCGUUGAAGAUUUCAAAGAUUCUAUGUUGAAUGUUGUUUUUGAAGUUUUAGAUGAGGAAACUUUGACGUGUAUCUGGAAUAUGUCCCUAGGUUUCGAGUCUAUACUUGACUUUAGUGAACUUAAAGUUAUGCAAACAUUCAGAAGUCUUAUUCAAUCAGCUUUGACAAACCUCCUGUUUUUUCUUGAGAAUAAUCCCAUCUUGGGUCGAGGUGAUUUUACUUGCUACCUCCAAAAAAAGAUUAUAUUAUCGAUACUGUGGUCAUUCGGUGGCCAGUUUUGCAACUCUAGUUUGCUGAAAUUUAUUGAGGCUUUAUGUUCUAUUUCCAAAAUUCAAAAGAUUGUGGGGGACGUACCACUUGAUGAGUUGCCAUAUAUGGAUGUUGAGCUUCCAAAUGGGACAUUUAAAAAGGAACGUACGUCUUCCUUUGAAAUGCAACCACAUAUGAUCUUAAACCCGAACGUCAUCAUACCAACACUCGACACGGCCGUUUACAAAAGCCUUAUUUAUUCAUUUUUGCAGCAACACAAUCCCGUCAUCCUUUGUGGCCCACCUGGCUCAGGCAAAACUAUGCUAUUGCUACAAGCUUUACGUAAGUCCCCUCUUUUCGAGCUAACCAGUCUGAACUUUUCCAAAGAGACUUCUAUAAAAUCCAUUAUAAUCACUCUAGAACAAACGUGUCACUAUAAGAGUACAGCUAAUGGUAUGAAAUUGAUGCCUCGACGUAUUGGGAAAUGGGUGGUGUUAUUUCUUGAUGAGAUAAAUUUGCCUAAAUUAGACAAGUACGGGACACAGGUAGUCAUCCACUUUGUCAGGCAGUUGAUUAAAGAAAAUGGUUUUUGGCAUCCCUCCAAGAAAAUAUGGAUCGACUUACAAAACAUCCAGAUAGUUGCAGCAUGUAAUCCAUCGUCAACUUCUGGUAGGCAAGUGAUGACUAAGAGACUCACUACCUAUUGCGCCACAUUAAUGAUUGAUUACCCACCUAAAAGAUCCUUAGAAAGAAUCUAUCAUGUAUACUGCACUGCUCUGCUGAAAACCGUGCCAGAUCUGUCAGCUUAUUCAUCAUCUCUGUCAGCCUCAAUGGUUGAAGUGUAUUCUAAGUAUAAGGAGCAAUUCAUCGCCUCUCGAAAGGCCCAUUAUAUUAGCUCACCGCGUGAUCUAACAAGAUGGGUGAAGGGUAUGUAUCUAUCAUUAAAAACAAACAUAUCCGCUAAUUUGGCUGAUCUGAUUCGGCUAUGGGCAAAUGAAGGUUUAAGGUUGUUUUCUGACAAGUUGAGUGAACGGGAAGAGAAAGGCUGGGUUUUCAAUAUGAUUUACGAAGUUGCUGGAAGGAAUUUUCCACAUAUUGAUCUCAAAACUGUUUUAAAGUUACCAAUUCUUUAUUCAGAUUGGCUCAGCAUUGAAUACCAAUCCGUUGAGGAAAACAAAUUGAGGAUGUUUAUCAAGGAACGAUUUAAUGUCUUCAAUCAAGAAGAGUCUAACGUUGGAAUUGUAUUAUACGAAGCACUUUUGGACCAUGCUCUCAGAAUUGACAGAGUUCUUAAAAAUCCUCAAGGUCAUCUAGUCUUAGUUGGACCCAGUGGAUCUGGUAAAACAACGUUAACAAAGUUUGUCUCAUGGAUGAACGGAAUAAGGGCCGUCCAACUUAAUCUUCCGCAGAGUUUUACCUUAGCUGAUUUCGAAAAUAUUCUCAAAGGUCUACUAUUAAAAUGUUCAGUCAAUGAUGAAAAGAUAUGUUUUGUCAUUGAUGAGUCCACAGUAUUAGAUGAUGCAUUCCUUGAGAUUAUGAACACCUUGUUGGCGAAUGCAGAAGUUCCUGGACUAUUCGAAGGCGAAGAGUUUGAGUCACUGCUGGAAAAAUGCUCAAAAGCAGCUCAAAAGGAUGGGCUGCUUUUAGACACAUCAGAAGAGAUAUACAGUUGGUUUGUCUCAAAAGUUUCAACAAACUUCCACGUUGUUUUCACCGUAAGCGACUUAUAUGACUCUAAUUCCAAACCAUUUCUUCUGUCGAGUGCUUUGCUGAAUAGGUGUGUAAUAAAUUGGAUGGGAGCGUGGUCCGAUAGUGCAUUGACAGAAGUCGCCCAAGAGAUGACAAAAAUUUUACCUCUAGAUCAUUCUGACUAUAAGUUGCAAACCAAGGGAUCAGAAGUUAUUGGUUUUCGAGAUGUUGUUAUUAAAACACUAGUUUGUAUCCAUAACGAAACCCAACAAAUAACGGGUGUCUCAUUGGCCCCAGUCCAGUUUGUUGAUCUCGUUAAAACAUUUAUUUUGGUUUUUGUUGAGCGGGAGAACCAACUUCAAACAUUUCAUUCGCAUGUUAUCAAAGGUUUGGAUCACCUUAAGGAGACAAGCUUGAAAGUUAAGCAGUUAAGAGUAUUAUUAGUCGAAAAGAAGAAGAAACUUGAAGAAGAAGAACAUAAUGCCCGUAGUUUAUUGGAUAAAAUGAUUAUCGAUCAGAACGAAGCCGAGAGAAAACAAGAUAUGUCACUAAAAAUGCAAGAGCUUUUUGCUGAGCAAGAAAAAACUAUGCUUUCCAAAAGACAGGCAGUUGUAGACGAAUUGAAGGAAGUUGAAUUUUUGAUUGUAGAAGCACAAAAUGGUGUUUUGAAUAUUAAAAAACAACACCUAACUGAACUCAGAUCGAUGAACAAUCCACCAGACACUAUAAAAAUGAUUUUAGAGUCUAUAUGUGUCAUGCUAGGAUAUAAGGUAUCUACAUGGAAGGAUGUUCAAUAUGCAAUUAGGCAAGAUGAUUUUAUUACGAGCAUUAUCAGUUUUAACGGUGAAGAGCAAGUAACCCCAGAAUUGAUAAGGUUGAUGGAAACGAAAUACCUAAACAAACCAACAUUUAACUAUGAAUCUGCCAAUAGAGCAAGUAAGGCAUGUGGGCCAUUGCUGAUUUGGGUACAGGCUCAGUUAAGGUACUUUUCCAUUGUUGUGAAAGUCAAACCAUUAAAAAAGCAGCUUCAUAGAUUAGAGUCGGAGCUUAUGGACACUAAGGCUAAGCUAAUCGCUAUUGAUGGUAUGAUAACGGAUCUGAAAAAAGAGGUUGAAAAGUACAAAUUUGAGUAUAGUGAGGCAAUUGCUUUGAAGGAAAAGGUAAAACACGAAAUGUUAUCAGUUGAAGAAAAGCUUAACAGAAGUAUUGCAUUAUUGAAGAAUUUAACAGCAGAGAGAGCCAGGUGGGAGAAAAACAUUGAAGAGUACGAAGAACAAAAAAGCACCCUCAUCGGAAAUGUUAUCUUGAUGUCAUGCUUUAUGAACUAUUGUGGCUCUUGUUUACCUAAUGUUCGAACUAAGCUGAUCCAAGUGUGGAAGAGUAUCCUGAGUAGAUACUAUAUACGGUAUGACUCCAAGGGAACAUGCUCAGAAAUACUUGAUGUUGCCAACGUUGAUCAGAUAAUUGAAUGGCAAAGAAUGGGUUUGCCAAAUGAUGAACAGUUCAUUGGCAAUACAGCAAUUCUCAGCACACCAUUUAAUCAAUCGUACAAUUUUAUUAUUGAUCCUUCCAAUACAUUUUCUAAGUUUUUAGCACAGCUUAUUAAACCCAGAAAGCUACUAAUUUCAAGCUUUCUGGAUCAGGAGUUUGGUAAAAAGCUUGAAAAUUGUCUCAAAUUUGGUGGUUCCUUUUUGAUAAAAGAUGGUGAACAUUAUGACCCAAUAAUCAACAGGCUGAUAUCUCAAGACAUAAAGCUAAUGGGAUCUGGUAGGAAAGUUAUUCAGAUUGGAUCGAAGGAAAUUGACAUGUCUCCAGACUUUUCUCUCUAUAUAUUGACGAACGACCCUACAUACACGCCAUCCGCAUUUAUUGCGGCGAGAAUGAAAGUCUUGAACUACUCGUAUACUCCUCAGUCACUCAAAACUGAGGCAUUAAAUUUGACUAUGCUAGUAAGAGAGCCGGAUAUUGAAAACAGCAGACUGGAACUAUUAAGAAGAGGAAAUGACUGUAAAGCAAAACUCAGGUCUUUGGAGGACGAGCUUCUAAAAAUAAUGAGUAGAAAUAAAGAGAACAUAUUAGAUGAUGAUGUUUUGCUAACCAAACUUGAGGCAACAAAAGAAGAAACGAUCAAUCUAGAAAAGCAAAUGUUGGAAAUUGAUAAAGUGAUGGAAAGCUAUGAAACUAAAAGAUCGCAAUUUGAAAAGCUAGCAGACUUCUACUCAGAUAUUACACAGGUCAUUGAACGUAUGGUUGCUCUAAAUAAAAUCUACAUAUACUCAAACGACUAUACCAGAAAUAUUUUGCAUAAGACGUUAUUACAGUACGGGGGUGUUGAAGUAGAUAAGAUAUUGAAGUACUUUGCGAGUGUUAUUUUCAAGGAGACAUCAACUUCUCUUAUGAGUGGAGAUAUCAAUAUCUUCACUAACGUGCUAAAGGAUCUCACGGGUGCUGACUGUACUUCCGAAGUUAGUUUCAAUGAAUCUCUUAUUAAUGAACAAUUCAUAAUCCUGAGAUCAUCGAAGGGUACAGAUUCUUCUUUAAGAAUCGAAGAGUCUUCUAGACACCAGAAUGUGAAAACAUUGAAGUAUGCCCUUGGUUCAAACAAUGGGCAUAAAAUUGCAACACAGAUGAUUUUAGACAAUGUCGAUUCAGGACAUUGGAUUGUUUUGGAAAAUAUUGAACUAUCAAAUGAAUUUCUAGAAAGCUUGAAUGAAACAAUUGUGAAAAUAAAAGAGAAUGAAAAACCAUCGGAUUUUAAAAUAUUCUUAACCUGUAGAAUAGAAGCCGAUCUUCCCGUUUUAUUGCUGAAAUCGUGUAAACAAAUUGUGCUGGAAAGUGAUAUUACUCUGAAAAAGUCAAUCAUUGAUCAAAUCUUGAAUGACUCCAGUACGUUAAACCUGAAUACGUUGAAUGAAAGGAGACCAAAGGAACUCAAGAAGAUAUUUUUAAUACUGGUAUGGUUUUAUUCGGUGAUACUAUCGAGAUUAAGAUUCGAAUCGGGUUUCUCCAGACGCUAUGAGAUUAACCAAAACGAUUUGAGAAAUGCGGAAAAGUUUAUCUAUGAAGUCGUUAAAAAAAAUGAUAAUCAAAUAAAUGUUGCUGUUCUAAAGAUAAUUGAAUAUUUCACUGUUGAAUUGAUCUUUGGUGGUAAAAUAGACGAUGCCAAAGACUUGAACUUCUUAGUCAAUAUGGGUAAAAAACUGUUUUGUGGUAACUUCUUUGAACCAAACUUUAAUAUUCUGAGAUACACAUCAGUUCCUGGCUUAAAAUAUAACAUACCUAACGGAUACAACAAUUUGGAGUACGUAGAAUGGAUCAAGGGAUUACCUGACAAUGAGCCAAUGGAAUGGCUAUGCCUACCAUCUGAUGCUGAAGACCAAGACAAAGCUUUAAGAAUUUUAAGAGGUAAGGAGAUGGAGAGGCUUCUAUUACAACGUCAAUUAGUCUAG